UCACGUCCGCAGUAACUUCAUUUUGUCCAGUAAUCAUUUUGAACAGACUUGCUGGCAGACCCGAAUAAUUAGGGUGCGGCCCCAUGUAAUGCGAAACUACGGAAAUGCGGAAUGUUCGUGAUUGGUUAGUGGCUUCGUUCCGUCGAAUCCGCCGCUUUCUUUCCGCAAAAUUAGUUUUUUGGCGGAUUCCGCCAUUUCGUCGAUGCGUAAUUAUUCACUGUUUACUGUGUCAUUGCUAGAAAGCACCUCUAGGCGAUUAAAACCAAAAAAGAUAUUUUAUCGACAUGUUGAAGGUUCAAGAGAAAAUCGUUCGAAAAUGUGGUUAUUGUGGAUAUUAUCUCCCACAAUCCUAUGAUUUAAUGAAACACUCAUGUUUUUAUCCGUUUGACGAUGAAAUAAAUGCAUUUAACGUAGAUGAAAAUUCCAUAGUUACUGUCGUGGUGAGAGAAGAGUACGAUAAUAAUUUGUCCGAACCUGGGACUAACACAUGUCAGCUGACAAAUAAUGAAGAUGACGUGCAGCAGGAAGUUAACAUAGACGAAUUACUUAUUACUUGUGUGGCUCGCAAGCUAGCAUUAUUCGAUCAUAGAAUACCUGCAAACGAAAGAAGUAAUUUAAAAAAAAAAGGCGUUGUGGCAGGAAGUAUGUAACCUAAUGGGAGAUUAGUCUAAAAUUUGUAUCCAAGAAAGAUUGCAGAAGCAAAUGAUAAUUAAAAUGUGUCAGGAUAGGCUGUAGAGCUAAGCAAGAUCGUGCUGUUGAAUUAUAUGAUAUUUUAUGUUCAGUGUUCCAUUAUUACAAUUUCGGCAAAUUUUUUGACCUUUAAUGAGGUCAUCUUUAAUGCUUAUCCCGAUAACAUUAAACUAAACAAAAUAUAAAUAAAUCGUUGUGU